AUGCUUAGAAGUGAAGAUAUUAGUAUGGUUAGAAUCUAUAUCUCACCCGAUAUUUCCCGAAGUGCGUUAGAAGAACUAGGGCAUAGGAACAUUCUUCACUUGGUUCCAAUGAGUGAUAAGAAGUCUACUAAGUCCGAUUACCGCUUAGAAAUGGAAAGAACACUAUCUCGAGUUGAGUUUCUCUUGCAAGAGUUGAAGAAGCAAGAGAUUCCCAGAACUAAGGAGGUAGAAUAUCCGCCCCUAAUAUCUACAGUAGAUGUUUUAUCACAGGAAGUAGAGAAGCACUACUAUCGAGUCGUACAGUUAUUACAGAUAAUGAAAGAGACUCAACAGACAGUAGAAAGACAGGAGGAAGAUGUAGUUGUUUUACAAGAACUACAAAGAGUGAUAGAUGAGAGUGGCAAGGGUAUAGAUGAGAAUGGUAAGAGUAGUGAUUUUGAACUAGAUUCAGGCAUUAAGUUUGGACUGGAGUAUGUAGCUGGUGUGAUUAAAAAAGGCCAGAUAAGAUCUUUAGAAAAGUUCUUAUGGCGAUCUUUACAUGGCAAUCUUUACUUCAUUCCUAUCGAAAUGGUCUCUCUAGAGAAGGCCGGGUUUAUCUGUUUUACGCAUGGUGAACGAGCUAUUGAACGAGUACGUACGAUCUGUACAAAGAUAGAUGCCCGGAUUGUACGGUAUGAGGCUAAGAAAGGAGGGAAGAAAGAGGAAGACUUACUACAAGUCUCUUCUAAUCUCGCCCAAGUCUCACGUGUUCAUGAGAUUAACCAGGAAACCUUUGUGACCGAAAUGAAAACUAUUGCCCGUGAAGUCUCAGCCUGGAAGUAUUACGUCAUCCGUGAAAUUGAAAUUGAAGCAGCCCGAGAGAAACUAGAAACAAACAAGGAGAAUUCAUACCUCACCGGGCAAGGAUUCAUUCUUAAACGUGAUGAAGAACGAUUUGGCCGCACAAUCAAAAAGAUCUGUGAAGUUCAUGGUGACGUAGCAGCUGAGAUCGUACCUAUUCCCAAGGAAAUGACCAAACCAACUCAUUUUGAGAGUAAUCGGAUUACGCAGACCUUCCAGGACUUAACUAAUGUCUAUGGGAUUCCAGCUUAUAAGGAAAUCAAUCCCACUAUCUUUUCAGUUGCUACAUUUCCUUUUAUCUUUGGGUGUAUGUUUGGCGAUAUUGGCCAUGGACUGAUUUUAAUUGCUAUUGCACUUUACAUGAUAAGAAAAGAGAAGGUUUUGAACGUACCUAAGUCAUUAGAGAUAAUCUUUGCUGGCCGGUACUUGAUUGCACUGAUGGGGGUUUGGGCCGUUUACUUUGGGUUUCUGUACGGUGAUUUCAUUGGGUACCCCAUUGGGGAGUCAGCUAGUGCGUAUAAGGGCGGGGCCAAAGGCGUCUGCUACUUUGGGAUCGAUUAUGCCUGGCACCAUUCACCAAACGGUUCUAACUUUGUCAACUCUUUAAAGAUGAAGACUAGUUUAGUGAUUGGGUUUGUGCACUUGACAAUGGGAAUGGUCUUGGCCGGGUUUAAUGCGCGGUACCGUCGGGACUAUAUUCGACUGGUUGGAGUGGUUAUUCCGCAACUAGUGAUCUUCUUUUGUUUAAUUGGGUACAUGAUCUUCUUGAUCUUCUUGAAAUGGGCUACACCACGGGAUUCCUGGCCGGGUAUUAUUGGGAUUAUCAUUGAAAUGGUCUCCUUUGCCCAAGUUCCAGCCGAAUCACUAGUCUAUCCCGGACAGAACUUUGUCCAAAAACUACUGAUGAGCACCGUACUUCUUACUAUUCCCUGGCUGCUUUUCUUUACGCCUAUUUACAAGAUAGCUACUAAAUCGGCUCCAGAAGGAGAGUCUCGUUUAGAUAUGUGGAUGCAUACUUUAAUUGAAGGUGUUGAGUUUUUAAUGGGGCUUAUCUCUAAUAUUUCAUCGUACUUACGAUUAUGGGCUGUUUCUUUAGCCCAUGGUGAGCUUAGUGCGAUUAUUUUCACCCGGACGCUAGGUACGCCCAAUGUAAGUCUUCUUUUCCGUACUUUAGUUCUCUUCCCGGGCUGGGCUAUUGUUACAUUUGUUCUUCUUAUCUGCCUAGAAGGACUUAGUUCUACUUUGCACAGUUUACGACUCCACUGGGUAGAAUUCGGGUCAAAGUUCUAUGCAGGUAAUGGCCAGCUCUUCACCCCCUUCACUUUCAAACCCCAGAUCCUUCUGGAUCCCGAAAGAAAGCCCGGACUCUAA